UGCGGGCUGAGGAAGUGCUCUGCGGCCCCCGACGGCGCUCGUUGGGUCCCCUGGGCCGCGGCCGGCGACGCGUCUGGGCGCCUGUCACCGUCCGCUCCAUCUUGAACGGGAGGCGGAGCGGGAGCCGGGCCCAUGGCGUUCAGCCCUUGGCAGAUCCUGUCCCCCGUGCAGUGGGCGAAGUGGACGUGGUCCGCCGUGCGCGGCGGCGGCGGCGGCGAGGAGGAGGAGGAGGAGGAGGCGCGGGCGCCCCGGGGUGACCCCGGGGAGGAAGCGCGGGCGCCCCGGGGCGCCCCCGAGGAGGAGGACUCGCGAGCCGAGGCCCGGUCCCUGAGCUUCAGCUCGGAUUCUGAAGGUAAUUUCGAGACCCCUGAAGCUGAAACUCCCAUCAAAUCACCUCUCAAGGAAUCUUGUGAUUCACAACCGGGACUGGCGGAUCCUGGGUCCAGAACCCAAGAAUCACAAGAAGCUGAGGAACAGCUGGUAGCAGAAGUAAUUGAAAAGUGUUCAUCUGAAACUUGUUCUAGACCUUCAGAAAAUGAGGUACCACAGCUGGCCAUUGGAUCUCAUUCAGCCCAGGAUGGCAAAGAAGAACCUGAGCAGGAUAUUAGCAAAAUCUCAGUAGUGAGGCCAUUUUCAAUAGAGGCCAAGAAUCCCACAGAUAUCCCAGAAUUUCUUGGAACAAAAGCGGCCUAUGGCUGUGUAACUGUAGUCUCGGGGGAGGCUUUGCCUUCUAGCCCACCAGAAGCCACCCAAGACAAGGCAGUGACAGAAGGCAACAUGGGGGUUACACUUGAGGCUUCUACAGAAGUGGAUCUGAAGGUCAGCAUCUCCUGUCCAGAGCCUGUGACCAGUAGAAGCAAGCUAAGAAAGCCUAAACCUGUCUCCCUGAGGAAGACAGCAACUGGAGGAGAGUUUUCAGAAACAGAAACGGCCAGGGAAGGCACACCUUUUCCCAAGUCAUCCUCCCAUUUCCAAUCAGAUGAAUCUUAUGAGAACAUACCUUCUGUGCUGGGAGGUUCCAAGAACCAGAAAUCUCUCCCUGACUUGAAAGAAGCUUCUGGCAUUCUCAGCAGUGGCACCAAUGACUCAGGAGUUGACCUGCAGGAAGAGUUGAAGAGUUCACCUCUCAAGCUUGAGUUUGAUUUCAUAGAAGUGGAAAAUGGAGAGGCCAGGAAAGCCCUUCCAAGGAAACUUGGCAAGAAACCAGGAAAUAAAGUGAUGCCCAAGAUACAAAAAGAUGGCAUCAGUAAGCCAGUAGGGGUAGAAAAGACUGCAGAGCCAAUAGCCACAGAUACCCAAGCAUCCCUUAAGAGAGACCCUAGUCAGUGGGAUCACCCUAACUUUAAUCCCCUUGGGAGUCACUCCAUUCUGCAGAACUCCCCACCUCUGUCCUCUAAGGGCUCCUACCACUUUGACCCAGAUAACUUUGAUGAAUGCAUGGAUCCCUUUAAGCCAACCACAACAUUAACAAACAGCAGCUUUUGUUCUUCUACUGGUAAUCAUGUUAAUGAAAUCUUAGAAUCACCUAAGAAGGCAAAGUCUCGUUUAAUAACGAGUGGCUGUAAGGUGAAGAAAUAUGAAACUCAGUCUCUGGCUGUGGAUACUUGCUCUCAAUCCCAGGAUGAAGAAGCAGUGACCUCCCAGAUUCCAGACAUUUCUAAUAGAGAUGGCCAUGCGACUGAUGAGGAGAAACUGGCAUCCACAUCAUGUGGUCAGAAAUCAGCAGGGGCCGAGGUGAAAGGUGAGCCAGAGGAAGACCUGGAGUACUUUGAAUGUUCCAAUGUUCCUGUGUCUACCAUAAAUCAUGCGUUUUCAUCCUCAGAAGCAGGCAUAGAGAAAGAAACAUGCCAGAAGAUGGAAAAAGAUGGCUUCGCUGUGCUUGUAAUGUUGGAGUCUUCUGCAGACAAAGCUCCAGUAUCCGUAGCGUGUGGAGGUGAGAGCCCCCUGGAUGGGAUCUGCCUAAGCGAAUCUGAUAAGACAGCCGUACUCACCUUGAUCAGAGAAGAGAUAAUCACUAAAGAGAUUGAAGCAAAUGAAUGGAAGAAAAAAUAUGAAGAAACCCGACAAGAAGUCUUGGAGAUGAGGAAAAUUGUGGCUGAAUAUGAAAAGACCAUUGCCCAAAUGAUUGAAGAUGAACAGAGGACAAGUAUGACCUCUCAGAAGAGCUUUCAGCAGCUGACCAUGGAGAAGGAGCAGGCCCUGGCUGACCUGAACUCCGUGGAGCGGUCACUUUCUGAUCUCUUCAGAAGAUACGAGAACCUGAAAAGUGUGCUAGAAGGCUUCAAGAAGAAUGAAGAAGCCUUGAAAAAAUGUGCUCAGGACUACUUAGCCAGAGUAAAACAAGAGGAGCAACGAUACCAGGCCCUGAAAAUCCAUGCAGAAGAAAAACUAGACAAAGCCAAUGAAGAAAUUGCUCAGGUUCGCACCAAGGCAAAGGCUGAGAGUGCAGCCCUCCACGCUGGCCUCCGAAAGGAGCAGAUGAAGGUGGAGUCCCUGGAGAGGGCUCUUCAGCAGAAGAACCAAGAAAUUGAAGAACUGACAAAAAUUUGUGAUGAGCUGAUUGCAAAACUGGGGAAGACUGACUGAAAUUCCUCCCGUUAGCUCAGCAGGUCUGCCAUGUUAUCUUGCGUUACCCAGGAAGAAUUUGUCCCUUUGCAGAGGAAAAAAAAAAAAAAAAGCACAUCCCCCUGCUGCCUGUCCUGCUUUGCUGCCAGUGCCUGGAAGACCCCGGAGUCCACCGGUCAGGAAGGAGCAAAGCCUGCGGUGCCCGUCUCCAGGCUCCCAGGGGUGGGGCCAGUCACACAGGCUGCUGAGUCUAUGUGUGAUUUCUCUAUUUUUGGUUCAUCUUCACAUCAUCUUUUCUUUUCUCGUUUAAUUUCUAACUUUUUGGCCACUGUUUGGGCUCUUAUCUAUUCUCCGCUGUUUGAUAUUUCAUGACCAAGUUAAUCUUUUGACUUUUAGUAUCUGGAUUUAUUGCAGGAGAUAAUUUGACCUUUUGUUACUUCUUGUUUAUAAACAAAGAGCUCUUUUAUGUACAUACUCCUAUCCAUACAUACAUGUCUAUAUAUGCUGCUGCUUUUUCCCCAAAGCAUAAUUACUUAAGAACUUUUCUAUAGAAGAACAUACGUCCAUAUUUAAAAUCCUACUUUAAAACAGAGCCCUGACUCCAAAUGCCAACUUAGCAAUUUAGGGGCUGAACACAGUGGUAUGUGUCUGUAGUCCCAGCAACUCAGGAGGCUGAGGCAGGCAGAUGGUUUGAACCCAGGAGAAAAAGGCUAGCCUGGGCAACAUAGCAAGAUCCUGUCUCAAAAAUAAAUAAAUUAAGUAAAUAGAUAAAUAAAUAAGUGGUAAGUUGUGGUAGCACAUCCAAGAUGUUCCAAGUCAAGAACUAUAUAAAAAAUACAAAAGAGCUAGGAGUGUGGAGUAAGUGUUAGAGCACUUGCCUAUGCACAGCCCUGGAUUUAGUUCCCAGUACCUCUCUAUUCCUCAAAUGAGAUUGAGUAUGUGAAGGCUGAAGAUUUGGGUUUCAAGCUUGGAGAAGACUUUUUGCCAAAAUAAAUCAGUGUGCCAGUCUGAAAAUCAGCUUACUGGGAAACAUUGCAAAAGAUCGUUUGAAUACUGAGGAGGGAGUCAGGGAGGAUGUACACACAGACAAAAGCAGACUCCUCAGACCCAUACCAAGUCCAUUCAGUGGUGGAAUGUUAACCCAGAAUGGAACCUUUUCACAUUAUGCUAGUGAGUUACUGGACAGGCAAUGUGAAAUGCAUUAAAAUGCUAACACACUCUUUUGUCUUAAUUGUACACCCCCAAAUCCUCAUGGUGAUAUGCACUAUAUUCAAUACAUACUUGUUUUCCUACUUCUGUAAAACUGUUGCAUGAGCCAACUUCAGCAACGAAUUGUGCCUCCCAGAGACUAUAUCUUGCAAAUGAGUAUUUCUUUAGCAGUAUAUUAUUCAUGUGGGUAUAAUCUUUAGCCCCAGGGAGGCCAGUAAUGUCUUUUCAAGGCAGAAUCCAUGUUUUACCAAUAUACAUUUAUCACAAUUGGUGCUUAGGCUGUAUUUUAAAGCCUAUUGUCUUAACAUUCUGUACAAAAAACAACAGCAAUUUUUUUGUGGUUGGAGAACUGGCUUGACAAUCAUUUGGGCUUUGAAAGUAACCACUGUGGCUUAAUGUAAAUGCUGUGCCAGAGUCCUAGUGCCCAGUGCAAGUGUCUUCUGGUAGUGUAACCAGUUUCUUCUUAAUCCUCUGCUACAAGGGAAAUGAGCUUUGCAUUUUGCAGAAAUAGUAUGAAAUUGUUUGCUGCUGCGUUUUGGUGACUUAUCUAUGUUUACUUGCUCAAAUCUUAACUUACUUUCAUACAAAAUGUCUAUAGUGGUCUCCAUUAUACAUCCAUAGUCAUCUUUUUUCUCUUGCAGUGCCAGGAUUUUGCACAUGCUCGGCAAGUGCUAUGCCACUGACCUAUAUUAUCAGCCUCAUAGUCAUCUGUAUGAGCUUACUUUGUAUUUUGAAAGUACAUCCAUACCAUGUGUGAAAAUGGGGGUGACAACACUUCUUCCCUAACACAUUGGUAGAAGAGACUUAAGAACUUGACCCCACUGAAUAAAGUUGCUGCUCAAGGGAGCUAGCAAGGGCCCUUGGUGAGUAGGAUUUGCCGCUGGCCUCUCAGAUGUAACUAUUAUGAGGAAAUGUUUACCAUUUUGGUUUGACAGAUGGCUCCUCUCCAACAAGAAUAAAAAUGUAGCUUUUACAACUGACAAAUCAAAAGAUUAUACUAAGAAUGAAAUAUAUUUGUUUUUCUUUUAAAAAUAAAUCCCUCCCAUUUAAAAAAAAAAAGCUUUUAGCACUCUGGAGAGAGUAAGAACAUAGUCAAGUUUACUUCAUCAUAUGUGGGAGCCAAGUUACUUAUUUGUUAGGCAAU